ACAGCCGGGCUGCGUCCAAUCUCCACUUUGGAUUUAAUUGUCUUUAGCCAAGGGGCGGGCGCUGCUGUCAGCUCCACUUCUUGUGAUCUGUGUCGGCAUUCAGGCAUUCAGUACAGAGGAAUGGUGACAGCUGAGAGGGACGAACUCUAUACAUAGUCGCAGCCAUGAAGGAAAUCAUGGCACAAAAAGAGAAGCUCCAGUGUUUGAAGGACUUUCACAAGGACACCCUGAAGCCUUCACCGGGGAAGAGCCCGGGCACGCGGCCCGAGGACGAGGCCGAGGGCAAAGCCCCGCAGAGGGAGAAGUGGGCCAGCAAGCUCGACUUUGUCCUGUCUGUGGCAGGAGGCUUCGUUGGAUUAGGAAACGUCUGGCGAUUUCCUUAUCUGUGCUAUAAAAACGGCGGAGGUGCGUUUCUCAUCCCCUACUUCAUCUUCCUGUUCGGGGGAGGACUGCCCGUGUUUUUCCUGGAGGUGGCGCUGGGCCAGUACACGUCUGAGGGAGGCAUCACCUGCUGGGGCAAGCUCUGCCCCAUCUUUACUGGCAUCGGCUACGCCUCCAUCGUCAUCGUGUCUCUGCUGAACGUCUACUACAUCGUGAUCCUGGCCUGGGGGCUCUACUACCUGUUCCAGUGCUUCCAGCCGGAGCUGCCUUGGGCCAAAUGCAAGCAGCCGUGGAACACGGAGCACUGCGUGGAGGACACGGUCCGCAAGAACAAGACGCUGUGGCUGGCGGCCAACAUCACCAACUUUACCUCGCCUGUCACCGAGUUUUGGGAGCGUAACGUCCUCAGCAUCUCCACUGGGAUUGAAGACAUCGGGCCUCUGAAGUGGGACCUGGCCCUGUGCCUCCUCGCUGUGUGGAUUAUCUGUUUCUUCUGCAUCUGGAAGGGAGUCAAGUCCACUGGCAAAGUGGUGUACAUAACAGCGACCUUCCCCUUCGUGAUGCUGAUCGUGCUGCUCGUGCGUGGAGUGACUCUGCCUGGCGCCGCCGAAGGGAUCAAGUUCUACCUUUACCCCGACCUGAGCCGCCUCCAGGAUCCAGAGGUUUGGAUCGAUGCAGGGACCCAGAUCUUCUUCUCCUACGCCAUCUGUCUGGGAGCCAUGACUUCACUGGGGAGCUACAACAAGUACAAGUACAACUGCUACAGGGACUGUUUGCUGCUGGGAGGCCUCAACAGUGGUACCAGUUUUGUGUCUGGCUUCGCAAUAUUUUCCGUCCUGGGCUUCAUGGCACAAGAGCAAGGAGUGGACAUUGCCGAUGUGGCAGAGUCAGGCCCCGGCCUGGCGUUCAUCGCCUACCCCAAAGCCGUGUCCAUGAUGCCGCUGCCGACUCUGUGGGCCAUCCUCUUCUUCAUCAUGCUGCUGCUCCUGGGCCUCGACAGCCAGUUCGUGGAAGUGGAAGGGCAGAUCACCUCCAUAGUGGACCUGUACCCGUCCCUGCUCAGGAAAGGCUAUCGCAGGGAGAUCUUCAUCGCGGUGAUCUGCUUCAUCAGCUACCUGCUGGGCCUCUGCAUGGUGACCAAAGGUGGCAUGUAUGUUUUUCAGCUCUUUGACUACUAUGCAGCCAGUGGUGUGUGCCUUUUGUGGGUGGCAUUCUUUGAAUGCAUCGCUGUCGCCUGGGUUUAUGGAGUCGAUAAGUUCUAUGAUGGCAUUGAGGACAUGAUUGGCUACAGACCAAACCCCUGGAUGAAGUGGAGCUGGACCUUUAUCACCCCUGUGCUCUGCAUGGGCUGCUUCAUCUUCUCUUUGGUGAAGUACAAGCCUUUGACUUACAACAAGGUGUACGAGUACCCGGACUGGGCCAUCGGCGUGGGCUGGUGUCUGGCUCUGGCCUCCAUGAUCUGCAUACCCAUGGUGAUGGUCAUCAAGAUCCUGCAGUCUGACGGACCCCUGAUUGAGAGGAUCAAGGCGGUGGCCGCCCCGGCGAAGUCCGACGUCAGCUCCCGUCCCAAGGAGUACACCCUGAAAAACAGCGAGGCCACGCAGCCCCUGGACCCCAACGGGAACAAUGGGCUCCUGAAGCCCACCCACACCAUUGUAGAAACAGUGAUGUGAGCGCUCUCUGUGAGAGGACUAAGACUGAUUCUGUGGUAUUAGCGUAUUUGCUAACAUUGAUAAUUGUAGGUUUACAUCUCCAAUUUGUUCACGUUAGUGAUACGUUGGGUUGAUUUCUAUAAAGAGAGAUAUAUUUUAUUGUUGUAAUUUUUUUCUUCUUUUUUAUUUUUUACUAUAUCAAUAUUGUUGAUGUUACAAUUCUUGAUGCUGUAGUUAGCACUGAUUUGACUUUAGGCCAUACUUUGAGAUAGGUCAUCGGUGAUCGCUACCUUUCUGUUGAUUACGGAGAGAUGGGAAUCCAUUGAUUGUGGACGAGAGUAAAAAAUGAACUUCUCAGAAAUUCAACAAACUGAGUAAUGAGAAAUGAGUAAUUCAGGAAGGUAGAAAACAUCUGAACACCUCUGCGUAAUCCUGGCGGUCCGAGCUAACGUGGAGCCUCCUGUUAUUUGUUGUUGUUUUAUCCUGCAGUGAAUUGAAUGUACCUCUGCUAGUGGUGGAAGGAAGCCAGUGGUCGUAGUCUCAAAGAGCUAACGUUGCUUAACAUCCUUUAAGUUCCAAGCUGAACAAGGCCUCGGCCAAAUACUGUGAGAAAUGCAUUGAUCAAAACAUCCACCUUCAACAAUAACAGACACAAUGAAAGAAAAGGAGAGAGGAGAAAAGGGAAGUGGCAUCUUUAGAGUAUUUGUACACUGCCUGUGUGACUUAUAGUCAGUCCCAGUGCAUUUAUUGAAACCGCUCUUUGCACUUUACUGUUCAUGUCGUUUCACCGUUAUUGUAGUUGUUGUUUUUACUGUUGGAAAGUUUGCAUUUGUAACAUGAUUGAAAAGGAAGGUGUUCGUCUCUAACGUAUGAUUUUGUAAACUUUGGUAAAUAACUGUCUUCCUGAUAAGACAAGUCAAAUAUUCUGACUCAAUAAUUAACGGAUCUACAUCACUAACAUCACAAAGUGAAAGCAGCACUUUUUUACAUCCUAUGUGCUCAUGUCUGUCUGUAGCAGAACAACCACUGGAUUCUAGUUUUUAAUACACAUCUUUGUAUGUACAGUAGAAUUUGAAGUGUUUGUAAAUCACAUUUGCCUUUUUGUAACAAUUUUAUACUGUGUUAUCAUGCGAACACACCACUAAAUCAUUAUUUUCCUGGACCUUCUCUUCUAAUCACUGAUUACAUCAUGAGCCUGGACUACUGUUUUGUAGCGUGCAAUAUUAGGUUCAAGCAACAAAUAAUGUAACCUUAAUUUGCAAUAACAAAGCGAGUUGCACAAAGUAUCAAUCAGUGUAAAACCUGUGCAGCUCAGCAGCCAGCACCGAAGCGUACUAACUGUUAAUCCACCUCUACCAAAGGAUUUUCUGAUGCAUCAUUUCUAUAUAGAUACAAAUAAACAUCUUUAUUCUGAGUGUAA